AUGUCCUUAUCUCAGUCUGUUCAUAUCUAUCUAUCUAUCUAUCUAUCUAUCUAUCUAUCUAUCUAUCUAUGUCUGUUCGUAUCUAUCUAUCUAUCUAUCUAUCUAUCUAUCAAUCUAUCUAUCUCGGUCUGUUUCUAUCUAUCUAUCUAUCUAUCUAUCUAUCUAUCUACCAAUGUCUGUUCGUGUCUAUCUAUCUAUCUAUCUAUCUAUCUACCAAUGUUUGUUCGUAUCUAUCUAUCUAUCUAUCUAUCUAUCUAUCUAUCUGUUUCCUGUUUCCAUCUAUCUAUCUAUCUAUCUAUCUAUCUAUCUAUCUAUCUACCAAUGUCUGUCUCAUCUAUCUAUCUAUCUAUCUAUCUAUCUCAUCUAUCUAUCUAUCUAUCUAUCUAUCUCACCAAUGUUUGUUCGUAUCUAUCUAUCAUCUAUCUAUCUAUCUAUCUAUUCAUCUAUCUAUCUAGGCCUGUUUCCAUCUAUUCAUCUAUCUAUCUAUCUAUCUAUCUAUCUAUCUACCAAUGUCUGUUCGUAUCUAUCUAUCUAUCUAUCUAUCUAUCUAUCUAUCCAUUAUCUACCAAUGUAUGUUCGUAUCUAUUAUCUAUCUAUCUAUCUAUCUAUCUAUCUAUCUAUCUAUCUACCAAUGUCUGUUCGUAUCUAUCUAUCUAUCUAUCUAUCUAUCUAUCUAUCUAUCUAUCUAUCAAUGUUUGUUCGUAUCUAUCUAUCUAUCUAUCUAUCCAGACCUGUUUCCAUCUAUCUAUCCAUCUAUCUAUCUAUCUACCAAUGUCUGUUCGUAUCUAUCUAUCUAUCUAUCUAUCUAUCUAUCUAUCUAUCUAUCUAUCUAUCUACCAAUGUCUGUUCGUAUCUAUCUAUCUAUCUAUCUAUCUAUCUAUCUAUCUAUCUAUCUACCAAUGUCUGUUCGUAUCUAUCUAUCUAUCUAUCUAUCUAUCUAUCUAUCUAUCUAUCUACCAAUGCCUGUUUCCAUCUAUCUAUCUACCAAUGUCUGUUCGUAUCUAUCUAUCUACCAAUGUCUGUUCGUAUCUAUCUAUCUAUCUACCAAUGUUUGUUCGUAUCUAUCUAUCUAUAUAUCUAUCUAGGCCUGCCUGUUUCUAUCUAUCUAUCUAUCUAUCUACCAAUGUCUGUUCGUAUCUAUCUAUCUAUCUACCAAUGUCUGUUCGUAUCUAUCUAUCUAUCUACCAAUGUUUGUUCGUAUCUAUCUAUCUAUCUACCAAUGUCUGUUCGUAUCUAUCUAUCUAUCUACCAAUGUCUGUUCGUAUCUAUCUAUCUAUCUAUCUACCAAUGUCUGUUCGUAUCUAUCUAUCUAUCUACCAAUGUUUGUUCGUAUCUAUCUAUCUAUAUAUCUAUCUAGGCCUGUUUCUAUCUAUCUAUCUAUCUAUCUACCAAUGUCUGUUCGUAUCUAUCUAUCUAUCCAUCUACCAAUGUCUGUUCGUAUCUAUCUAUCUAUCUAUCUAUCUACCAAUGUUUAUUCGUAUCUAUCUAUCUAGGCCUGUUUCCAUCUAUCUAUCUAUCUAUCUAUCUACCAAUGUCUGUUCGUAUCUAUCUAUCUAUCUAUCUAUCUAUCUACCAAUGUCUGUUCGUAUCUAUCUAUCUAUCUAUCUACCAAUGUUUGUUCGUAUCUAUCUAUCUAUAUAUCUAUCUAGGCCUGUUUCCAUCUAUCUAUCUAUCUACCAAUGUCUGUUCGUAUCUAUCUAUCUAUCUACCAAUGUCUGUUCGUAUCUAUCUAUCUAUCUGUGUCUGUUCGUAUCUAUCUAUCUAUCUAUCUACCAAUGUCUGUUCGUAUCUAUCUAUCUAUCUAUCUAUCUACCAAUGUCUGUUCGUAUCUAUCUAUCUAUCUACCAAUGUCUGUUCGUAUCUAUCUAUCUAUCUAUGUAUGUAUCUAUCUAUCUAUCUAUCAGUCUUUUUAUAUUUCUCACUACGCAUUGCGCUUUAUUCUUUCUUCCUUCUUUCUUUCUUUCCUUUCUUCCUUCUUUUCUUCUUUCCUUCUAUCCUUCUGUCUAUCUGAAUCUCUUUAUUUUUUUUUUAAUAAUUUUAUCAUGCAAUUUUACGCAUUACUAUCUUUCUUUCUUUCAUUCUUUCUUUCUUUCUUUCUUUCUAACACCAUACUUUCUUUCUUUUUUUCAUUCUUUCUUUUACUCCGCUAGACAUUAUUUUCACCAUUUCUUUCAUUCAUUCUUUCUUUCUUUCUUUCUAACACCAUACUUUCUUUCUUUCUUUUUUCUUUCGUUCUUUCUAACACCAUUCUUUCUUUCUUUCUUUCUUUUACUCCGCUAG